AUGGAAUGUCUGAGAUUUUGGGGCUCCUCUGGCUGCGGUGUUCCCGCAAUCAGGCCCAUUAUCUCUGGCUAUGCUGCCAUCCCUGGAUCUUGGCCCUGGCAGGUGUCUCUGCAGGACAGACCUAGUUUCCACUUCUGUGGUGGUUCUCUGCUCAACAGUCUCUGGGUUGUCACUGCUGCCCAUUGCAAAGUCACACCUGGCAACACUGUGGUCUUGGGUGCAUAUAAUGGCUCUGUAAACACCGAGGACACCCAGACAAUUUCUGUCGGCAGAGUCUUCAGACACCCCAAUUACAACUCCAUCAUGAAUAACAUCGCCCUGAUCAAGCUGGCCACUCCCGCAACCUACACCGACCGCAUUUCCCCCGUGUGUCUUGCUGCCACCUCUGAUGUCUUCAAUGGAGGAGAAAGAUGCGUCACCACCGGAUGGGAAAAUACCAAUGCUUCCGCUCAAGUCACCCCAUCCAAGCUUCAGCAGGCAUCUCUUCCUCUCCUGACCACCGCCAAAUGUCAAGGCUACAGGGGAUCCAACAUCAGGGACACCAUGAUCUGCGCUGGUGACUCCGGUGUCUCCUCCUGCGUGGGUGACUCUGGUGGACCCCUUGUGUGCCAGAGGAACGGAGCCUGGACCCUGGCCGGUAUCAUGUCCCGGGGCAGCUCCACCUGCUCUACAUCCACCCCAGCCGUCUACACCCACAUCCCCGCCUUCAGAUCCUGGGUGGACCAGACCAUUGCUGCUAACUAAAUACCAUCCAAUCCUUUUGCAAUA